ACGGCGACAAAUGAGGAGGCUUGAGUUUGUGAGCGUCUGCUCGAGUUCAAAGUCCCACAAACAUGGUCACAGAUUAAGCUCCAAAAAGGGCCAAGAAGCUGACGUUGUAGAAGUGAGAAUAGUCGAUGCAGCACGAAUCCAUGCAAGGGAAGAUAUCCGACAUGGCUCUCAGAGGUAUCCGAGUCAUCGAGAUGGCAGGGCUGGCUCCAGCCCCCUUCUGUGGAAUGGUCUUGUCGGACUUUGGAGCUAAAGUUAUCAGAAUAGACAGGACAAAGAAUCCUCCUGACACCGACCGCUUAGGUCGAGGGAAGAAGUCAGUAGCUGUAGACUUGAAGCAAAAGAAGGGAAUUGAAGUUGUGAAAAAACUCUGCUCAGGAGCUGAUGUGCUGAUAGAACCUUUCCGCCCAGGUGUGAUGGAGAAGCUUGGACUGGGACCAGAGACACUGAUGGUUGACAACCCAGGCCUGGUGUACGCCAGACUCACCGGCUAUGGUCAGAAGGGAAGUCUGUCCCAUCGAGCUGGACAUGACAUUAACUACAUUGCUACAUCAGGUGUUCUCUCUACACUAGGCCGUAAGCAUGAGAAUCCCUGUGCUCCAGUCAAUCUGUUGGGUGACUUUGCUGGGGGAGGACUGAUGUGUGCCCUUGGGGUGGUGCUGGCCCUGUUUGAGAGGACACGGUCAGGCAGGGGCCAGGUGGUUGAUGCCAACAUGGUGCAGGGCUCAGCCUAUGUCUCUAACUUCCUAUGGGCAAUGAAAGACACCUUCGUCUGGGGUGCAGAGCGAGGGGAGAACCUUCUUGACACUGGGUCUCCAUUUUAUGAAACAUACAAGACUGCUGAUGGAAAGUUCAUGUCUGUUGGUGCCUUGGAACCACAGUUUUAUGCUGCACUGCUCAAAGGCCUUCAACUUGAUCCAGACAAAGUAUCACAGUAUGGUGAUAGAAAAGAAAUGAAAAAGAUAUUCACAGACAUUUUCUUGUCAAAGACUCGUGAUGAGUGGACUGAGGCCUUUAGAGAUUUAGAUGCCUGUGUGGAACCCAUUCUGGAUAUGGAUGAAGCACCCUUGCACCCUCAUAAUCAAACUAAUAAUACUUUCCUGAAGAACCCCCGAGGUGGAUAUGAGGCCGGACCUGCACCUGGUCUGUCACGGACACCAGGUGUCAGCACCUUGGAGCCGCAGCCUGUGAUUGGUCAACACACACUGGAGGUGCUGCAGGAUGCUGGGUACAGCCAGGAAGACAUCAGGAGUCUGGUUGAUGCUGGAGCAGUUGAACAGACAAGCACUAGCUCCAAGUUGUGAAAGGCAUGAAACAACUCACAACGUGUUUCAGUACAUUGAACCCAGUCAUCAGGGAAAGAUUCUAUGAUUUCAACAUGAAAAAUCGGAUUUAACCAGACCAGACACAAAGAUAUGGUGAAUUUACUCAGAUGUAUGGAUUAUCUAAAAUUUUACCAGACCAUCUGGCUGGCUGUAAAUUUAGACCAUCUGUAAGAAAUCUAGCCCAUCUCGGACGGUCGGACGGGCCUUAUUUCAUACACUGGUUGCAGCACACAUUUUCAAUACGCUACAUCCCACGAUGGCUCACCAAGAUGGCUGAGUUGAAUUUUUGAAGCUAGGGACACCCCAGUGAUCCUAUCAAGCAUGUCUACAUUCCAAAGUGCCUUGUAUUAUGAGAAGCUGGUCCCUUGUUUAGUCAGCAUAACAAACGCAGAAUAUUAAUAUGGAAAUAAAUAUGCAUGAUUCUCUGCCACAA